AUGGAGAAGGCCGAGGGAGAAAACAGCAAUGGUGAGAAAAAGAACAUGGCCGACGACAUAGCGUUGAGUUUGAAAGUACUGCAAGUCACCAAGACGAAGAACAAAGAGAUGACUGUAAAGAACAGGUCACUGGAGAACCUGCUACAGUCAAAAGAGAAAGCUCUGAAGAAAGUUGAGGAGGGCAACAUCCGCACAAUUUGUCAGAUCCAACAGAAACUGUUGCAGUCUCUUGAGAUUGACAAAACGCAGAGUAUGGAAGACCUUCGGACUUUACAACACGUAAACAGGAUGAGCCCUGCGCCCCUGGUUAGCAGGGCGGUGGGAACACUAGAAGACGAAACCCCAGAAGACUCACCGACGGGAAGCGGAGACCAGUCGCCUAGAUCCGGUGGGUCUACCCCGGGGUCAUCGACCCCCACCACCCCGCGGAGGCACAGGCCUCUAACGCGAACUGUUUCAGACGAACCGUUCACCAAAAGGCUGUCACGAAAGUUGGCCCUUCAGGAAGACAUGUUUAUUCUACCACCAAUCAAUAAGCAUAUCGAGCCGUUAAGGAAACGUUCGUAUUCGGACUCUGCCUCCUUACCGAGCCCUCCUGCCUUCUCGAGAGCGCGUGACCGUGCAGCUGUGCCGACUCCACCGGCGUCGCCUCGCCCGUCGUCCGCGUCUCCUCGCCGGACCGGUCAUCAUCACGCGCCGGGGUCGCCCCGUACGCCGCCCGUAUCAAACCCGACCUCCCCGCGUCAGGUGUCCCCAUCUCUGUCACCACGGGAUGGUCCAGUACCUUGCUCUCCACGUGCUGUAGAAAACAGACCGGCGUCUGCAAAAGUACAGCGUCCUCGUGCACCCACCACGCAGGGAUCGGCCAACGUGAGACCGAUGUCGGCCAGUCCUAGAGGACGUCCCGGGUCUGCCUCUCACCCGCCCAGCGUGAAGCCAAAAGCUGUCCUCUUACACUCGAACUCGGCUCUGUUACUGGACGCUGUCUCCUCACCACGUCUGCUUAGGAGAGUGAACACUGCGCCUCCACAUAGACUCAUACCGUCCCUCAGGACUCAAGACCCCACACAUACACCAAAUAACGGCGACGAACAAAAAGACGAUCCCACUUCGCCAAAAAUUAUACGAAAAAGCCAGGCACCGCCGUCCUACAUGCGCAGCACCGGUUCCAGCCGCUGGAAGUGCCGGAAGAUCCGCCCGGCCGACGUGUACGCCAGCGAUUCCUCGGACGACGAGGAGUCUUCGCGAACAGCUGCAUUCACCAGAAUGAUGCCGCUGUACCUUAGCCAACAGGGGACUCCGCUAGUCAAGAGGGACUUCUCCGUCAAACCGACAGAGUCUGGAGGCAUGAGGGACAGUUUUGAAGAGUUAAAAACGUGUCGGUACCUUCGGAAAGGAAACCAAUGA